GGAGUUGCCCUCUACCACUAUUUUUGAUGCCAAAAUCCGGUGCUGUUCCGUCGAUUUUGGAGCGAAUAACCUUCGAUUCCGGCGAGUCUUGGCGGGAAGUCUCUAGAGGCGGAUGGGCCACCGCGACGGCGCUGCUCCUGAUCCUCUUCCUGCAGCUUGUGAGGACUUUUACGAAGCGCAGAGCCUUCAGUACCGAUCCGGCGAACUCGGUGGCAAGGUCUGCUCCGGCGAGCUUGCCGCUCGGAAAGACCGCAAAUAGGAUUUCAGGUAUCAUAUGUGAUGCUGAUUUGAAGGACCUGAUAGCUGAUUUGGACGGGAAGAGCAAUGAAAGAGAGAAAUGGGAAAAUGUUAUUUCUAAAAAGAAUGGCGGUGUUUCUUAUCAUGCGAGCUGUUGUAGACCCAAGGACGGCCCCUUGAAGUAUGUUAGUGUUACCAUAUUUGAUCAAUGCCCUUCUGAGCUAUUACGGGACUUUUAUAUGGACAGCCAUUACAGAAAAAAAUGGGAUAAAACUUUGGUUGAGUUUGAGCAACUGGAAGCUGAUGAAUACAGUGGAACAGAAAUUGGGCGCUUGGUGAAAAAGUUCCCUCUUUUAACUCCGAGGGAGUAUAUAUUGGUGUGGAGAGUGUGGAAAGGAAAUGAUAAAAUCUUCUAUUGCUUAACUAAGGAUUGUGAGCAUCGUUUGGCUCCUCAGCAGAAGAAAUUUGUCCGGGUUGGAUUCUUCAGAUCUGGUUGGCGGAUCAGGAAAGUUCCUGGUACAAAUGCAUGUGAAAUUGCUAUGUUGCAUCAAGAAGAUGCUGGACUGAAUGUAGAGAUGGCAAGACUAGCUUUUUCUAAGGGGAUAUGGAGUUAUGUCUGUAAGAUGAACAGUGCGUUGCGAGAAUAUUCUACCCAUUCUGGAGCUCAGUCUCCCUCAGUUGCUAUAAUGAAUAAGCUUAUACAAAAGGUCCCCACUUUUAUAGAGGAUGAUGUUGGAGCAACUGGUUCAAAUCUCUCUAACAUCUCAUCUGAUGAUCCUUGUAGCAGCCCAAUCAUUAGGAACACACUGGAAAGUGCAAAAUCGAAAUUUCCUUCCAAGUGGAUUGCAAAUGGGCUUCUUCUAAUUGGUGGCGUCGCCUGUCUUUCUCGCGGCCGUUCCACCCUCGGCAUCCAAAUCGCCUUGGCUUGCAUUGUGAAAAAGCUGUUGAAGCAUGGUUCGACAUCGAAGCAACCCGAGCCUGUUCGUUCUUCCAGUUUUCAUAGGGAGUCCAGAACUUAUCGUUGCUGGUCUCCUCCGCUUUCAACUUCUUUGGUUACAAUGGCGGCUACCUGGACGACAUCGGAAGCGGGGCCUUCACCGUCGGAGAACGGGCGGAGCACGCCGCCUGCUCCGGCGGGGCCACCAAGGACUGGAGAUUUCCUCGGAAGGCACCGACUAUCCGCCGCCAUCUCUCGGCUUGAACAAGAGAUCGUUUCCCUUGAGACUGAGCUUGAAGAAUUGGAUACAAUGGAGCCCUCCUCUGCAAUAUGUGAAGAUUUUGUAUUCUCCAUGAAUGGAAUACCGGAUGCUCUGCUUCCCAUUACAAAUGGCCCUGAAAAUUCUGCAUGGGAGAGGUGGUUUCAGCCGGUUCGAAGCUCUCGAAAUCGAAAUCACGCUUGGUGGACCCAUAGAAGUGCAGAUCUUUCUUAAACUUACUGCUCCCAGUUGGAGCAGAAAACUCUUUUCAAGUAGAAGGUAUAAUAGUUAGCAGGUAGAGCAUGUUGAUACAAGCUUGCAAAGAAUUGUGUGAAAUGUGCAAUUUCUAUUUUAAUUGAGCCUUGUAUUUAUCAAAUCUUUUUGUGUCAUCAAUAUUGCGUAAUUUUGAAGCAAUUGGAUAAUAUAAGUUUUUUAUUUUUUCGGCGAAA